AUGUAUCUGCCUAUGCGUCAUAUCUACCGUGUCAACAGUCGACGAUACUUACAAUUUUCAUCUAUCCAAGAUUGUCAAACAUACCUCAGAUACUGUCUACGAAAUAAUGUCAAUACUGGUUCAACUGUGUUUAAAGGUACAUUAUAUGAAUUAUACGUUAAAUCAUUUCUUGAACAAAAACUAAAUUGUCAAGAUCUAAUUAAAUAUGGAGGUUCAUAUGAUAAUGGAGUUGAUAUAAUUGGUCGUUGGAAUCUAUUACCUUAUUAUGAUGAAAAAGAAGUCAAAUCAGUAGGAUCUAUGUCAAUACUUCGAUAUUCUCAAGAAUCAAAUUACAAUAUAUCUAAAUCACCAAUAUCCCUUUCUGAUGUACAAAUAUUAGUUCAAUGUAAAAAUUUUAAAAAAAAACCUGAUGCAAAGAUUAUUAGAGAAUUAUCAGGGAUUUUAGAUUAUCAUGAUUUUAAUAAAAAAUCAACUAUAAUGUUUAUAGUCACACCAUCGCCAUGUACAUCACAAGCUACUAUUCAAUUAGAUAAAUCAAAACAUGCAAUUAUUCACUUGAUGAUAUCACCAUUGAUAAAUAAUAGUAAAAUUGAUGAUUUUUUCAAUUUAAAUGAAUGGACAGGUGGGAAUUUACGACAAGUUUAUAUGAAUCGUCAAUCAAGAAGUUUACUUUCAGGUUUAAAUUUAGAACAACAAUUAAAAUUUAUUAAAUAA